CUCCUACUACAGGGAAAAAGAACCCUUCAUGAAUGAGACCUUUCAAUCUCUUCAGAGAAUGAUUAGGGGGUUUCUGGAGGAGGCCCCCUCGGUCCACAACUUGACCAGCAUCUUGACGGUAAGUCCAAUUUAAAGUGUAAUGUGCAAUUUAAUGUGUAAUGUGCCCUAUUUUGACAUUAGGCAGUACGUGUGUACAGGUGUCUGAACACUUGGACGUGAUUUUGUGUGCAUGACUGUAGUUGCAUUCCUUUUCAAAGUGAACCUGGGUAGAGGCCCCAAUAUGGCAUGGUCCAGAUGGGAAGUGUCUAGCAGUGCCUGUCUUCCACAGCCUGUCUGUAUAGCUGUCCCUGUGAACACUUCUGCACAUGUGCACUGUCCACCCGUCAUCCAAAUGUUGAAGAUCAGGUGUGAAUGGGGCUUCUGUCUUCAUCCUUGACUGAACUGAAUUGGCAGCACCAGAACCAAUAUAGGUCCCUGGCCUACCCCUCUGGCUACCAAUCCAAUGAUUCCUUUCAGAACUACAGCAACAACAGCAAGUACCAACAGCGCAAGGGCACUGGAGCGCAGAUUUACAAAUCGCACUUUUCCAAGGCGACUUGUACAUACUCCAAGAGACAAUGACUUUGGUUCCACCAGGCUGUCCAGCCACUACGACGCUUGGGUAGUCAUUACAUCCGAUGCUUGGGUACUGGCUAUUAUUCGCAAUGAUUGCCGUAUAAAUUUCCUUUCUUUACCACCUUUUUGGGGAAUCAAGACUACCAGGCCAUCCCCUCCGUUACUGGAGGAGGUCGAUGCCUUGCUAGAAAAAGGGGCCAUCGAGGAGAUCCAUUCAGACCUGGACAGGAGAGGUUUACUCAAGGUACUUUACCAUCCCCAAGCGGGAUGGUGGUCUCAGGCCUAUAAUGGACCUGAGGGGAGCCAACCUUUUUGUCCGGUAUCAGAGAUUCCACAUGAUCAGUAUCCCAACUAUUUUUCGCCUCCUGUCCAGAAAUGUAUGGCUCGCCUCGAUUGACCUAAAAGAUGCAUAUUUCCACCUCUCCAUCGUACACUAUCACCGUCAAUACUUGAGAUUACAGGUGGGAGGUCAUACCUACCAGUUCAAGGUACUCCCGUUUGAUUUGGCCUCUGCACCUCACGUCUUUACGAAAUGUAUGGCGGUGGUAGCGGCACACCUCCGGCUGCAAGGGGUGAUGGUCUUUCCGUUCAUAGAUGAUUGGUUAUUGGUGGAAAACUCCUGCGAAGGCCUCAAAGAACAUGUGCGGCUCACCCUUCAGCUGCUUCGGUCUCCGGGUCUAGAGGUCAACUUCAAGAAAUCGAAACUCCGACCGUCGCAACGUGUGGAGUUUCUCAGCACGCUGUUGGAUUCCAGAGAGAGCAGUGCAUACUUUGCCCCACACAGGGUGCUGAGCAUCAGAGAGGCGGCCCUGCGUUUCUGCCAUAAGAGGUGUCACAGGGCCAGGGUGGUGCAGAAGCUACUCGGGCACAUGGCUUCAUCUACAGCUGUUCUGCCACUGGCACGCUUUCACAUGAAGCCUCUACAAGUGUUGUUCCUGGAAAACUUCAAUCUCCACCUUCAUCGCCCAGACAGACAGAUGUGGGCCCCGCGGAGCAUACUGGCAUAGGUACAAUGGUGGACGAAGUCCGCAAAUCUGACGGGGGGUGUCCCUUUCCAGCGCCCUCCUCCAGCAAUUGGCCAACCACACCUUUGUGCACCUGCUGGUA